CCUGCCCGUACAUGUGUUUCUGUUUUGUAUCGUAGCAUUUGUUCUGGCGGCUCAUAUUUACAUUUUAAGUGCAUCUGGAAACAGCACCAAAAAUAUUGCAAAGGCCCCGAGUUGGUGCUUUCUUUAUGCUGCACCCUUCGCCCUAAAACCAGGCGCCAUGCCCCGCAGGAAGGCGGCGGGGCCGCCCUGGGAGCCGGGCCCCGGCAGGAGGAGACCCGGGGCGGCCGCGGCCUUGUCGUCGGCGGCGGGAGGGAGGCGACGGCCGCGGCCCGAGCGAGGAGGAGGAGGAGGAGGAGGAGGUAGUGGAGGAGGAGGUGGAGGUGGUGGAGGAGGAGGAGGAGGAGGAGGAGGAGGCGGCAGCAGCGGAGGAAGCAGCGAGGAGGAGGCGCCCCGGGAACGGCGGCCGAGGGACGGGAGCCCCGUCGGGAGGAGGCCCGGCAGGCCCGGGGGGGCCGGCUCCGGACAACGGAGGGGCACGGGGCCCGCUGGGGCGGCCAGGGGCCAGGCCGUGGUCAUCUGCGAGCCCGAGCACAGCAAGGAGCGCAUCAAACUCGAGGGCUCCAAGUGCCGAGGGCAACUCCUGAUCUUCGGAGCCACCAACUGGGACCUGAUCGGCCGCAAAGAAGUGCCUAAGCAGCAAGUUGCAUAUCGGAACCUGGGCCAGAAUCUGUGGGGGCCACACAGGUAUGGGUGUCUCUCAGGGAUUCAGGUGCGGAGCGUGGUUUCGGGACCGUGCGCGGCUCACAGCCUCCUCAUCACCGCCGAGGGCAAGCUCUGGAGCUGGGGUCGCAACGAGAAGGGGCAGCUGGGCCACGGGGACACCAAGCGCGUGGAAGCCCCCAAGCUCAUCGAGGUGCUGGGCAACGAGGCCAUUGUGCUGGCAGCGUGUGGCCGGAACCACACGCUGGCUCUCACAGAGAAUGGCUCCGUGUUCGCCUUUGGGGAGAAUAAAAUGGGGCAGCUGGGGCUCGGCAACCAAACGGAUGCUGUUCCAAGCCCUACACAGAUCAUGUACAACGGGCAGCCCAUCACCAAAAUGGCCUGCGGGGCCGAGUUCAGCAUGAUCAUGGACUGCAAAGGAAACCUCUACUCCUUUGGGUGCCCUGAGUACGGGCAGCUGGGGCACAACUCGGAUGGGAAGUUCAUCGCCCGCGCGCAGCGCAUCGAGUACGACUGCGAGCUGGUGCCGCGCCGCGUGGCCAUCUUCAUUGAGAAGACCAAAGAUGGGCAGAUCCUGCCCGUCCCCAACGUGGUGGUGCGGGACGUGGCGUGCGGGGCCAACCACACGCUCGUCCUGGACUCGCAGAAGCGUGUUUUCUCCUGGGGUUUUGGUGGCUACGGACGGCUGGGCCACGCGGAGCAGAAGGACGAGAUGGUGCCACGGCUGGUCAAGCUCUUCGACUUCCCAGGCCGUGGGGCAGCGCAGAUCUACGCCGGCUACACCUGCUCCUUCGCCGUCAGCGAAACGGGCGGCUUGUUUUUCUGGGGUGCCACCAACACCUCCCGCGAGUCCACCAUGUACCCCAAAGCCGUGCAGGAUCUGUGCGGCUGGAAGAUCCGCAGCCUGGCCUGUGGGAAGAGCAGCAUCAUCGUGGCGGCAGAUGAGAGCACCAUCAGCUGGGGGCCAUCUCCCACCUUUGGAGAGCUGGGCUAUGGGGACCACAAGCCCAAAUCGUCGACGGCUGCCCAAGAGGUGAAGACCUUGGAUGGGAUCUACACGGAGCAGGUGGCCAUGGGCUAUGCCCACUCGCUGGUGAUCGCCCGUGACGAGAGCGACGCCGAGAAGGAGAAGCUGCGCAAGCUGCCCGAGUACAACCCCCGCACCCUCUGAGGGGCCGGGGGGCAGCCGAGCCGCCCGCCCCGGUUUUCCAAGCGAUCCGCGGUUUUAACUACCUGUUCUCCUACGAUUUCCAAAGCGUUGGGGUUUUUCCCUCACCACCACGGCCAAGACCUUCCCCCGUGGCUGUUUGAGUUCCCAUCCCGACCCUAGCAGGACCUUUUGGCACAUCCAGGCUUUUUCGUUGUUUUAUUGGUUUGGUUUUGUAGUUUGUUUGUUUUUGUUUCGUUUUGUUUUGUUUUUCUCUUUUUUUCUGCUGUUUCGCACAGAAAGGAAGGUGCCGGGUUCGCCUGAACAGGUGUCCAUUUUUUUUUACUAUUAUUUUUUCCUUUUCCUAGCCACAAAUUUCCCCACAAGCACCCAGUUGCGAGCUCGGAGCGAAAAUCAAGCAAAACACUGCAAAAUGCCUUUUUGCCCCACAAUAUUGCAUUUUUUUGGCAUUUCUCCCAAGCAGCCUCCACCUUGGGUGCUGUAAUUCUGAGGUUCUGAUCCCCAGCAUCCCUUUUUCCCAGGAGGAUUUAGGGACAAGCCUGUUGUCCCUCACUCUUGGGGGACGAAGCGGGUCCUCUCCCCAGCCCUGCAUCAUUUGGGGGUUGGAUGCCCCCAAGCCGCCUGCCCCCCGCUUUUGCGCCCCCCCAAGCCCCCCCGCUGCCCAUCCCAGGGCGAUCUCAGGUAUGAAGAGCGGGCCCUGAAGCGUCGUGCAAGCUUUUUUCCUUUUUUUUUUUUUUUGUUAAUUAUUAUUAUUUUUAUUAUUAUUAUUAUUUCCACUGCCUGGUAUCUGCCAAAAGCCCCUCCUCAGGCAACGCUGUGCACUGUGCUGGAGAAACGAGGUGCCUUUAUACGCAGAGCCCGGCUCUGCCUCCACAAAACCCAAGGGUGUUUUUUUUUUUAUUAUUUUAUUUUAUUUUUUAGUUUUUAGGGUUUAUUUUGAUUUUUUUUUUUUAAUUCCUUUCCACUCUCCCUGGCAGUUUGCUGGUGGUGCGCCACGUGGCCCUGCGGGGAAUUUUGCAGUACUUUAUGGAAAAAAAAAAAAAAAAAAAAAAAAAAAAAGAAUUAAAAGGGGGUUCUUUAUGUUUGCUUUGGGGUUUAUUUUGGGGUUUGUUUCAGUGUGUUAGAGUCAAAGCUUCCAGGACAAGGAGAGCAGCAGGGUGGAGAAGUUGGAUAUUCUGUUUUCUUGAGCAAUACUAGCAUUUGCUGCAAGCACCCAGCCCUUCCAAAAAUGGGUGGUGAGGAGGUGGGAGCAUGCAGCACCCCACAGCGGGGCUUUUCUAGCCUUAUCCCCCAAUUUUUUUUCUACUUGCGAUGAAUAUUUCAAGCUCAUCACCAUCAGCUGCCUACCCCAAAUGGGCACGAGGGGAUGCUGCAGAUGCUGCAUGAUAGGGGUGGAAAAAACAGCAAAAACCCACUUUCACCCCCCAAAAGCAAUUUGGGCUUGUCCUGCUUUUACACAAAAUAUUUGAGGCUCGGAUCGAUGCUCCUGGUGAUGUUCUCCCCCAUGUGCCGCUGUGUCCUGGCAGCGGGCGAGCGAAGGAGGAGGCUGGAAGAAUAAAAUAAUAAUAAACCAC